AACAAUACAAGGAUACUUUGCUAUAUUUUGACUGAACAAUAGACUAUCGCAAACAUGUCAUGCAAGUCAAAGCUUCCAGUGACUUCGGAACUUAAACCUUUUACAAAUGACUCACUGGGCAUAACAACCAAACAUUCCCAGGUUUCGUCUUCUUUCGGAUCAUUCGACGACACAAAUGGCGUCUUUUCAGUCUUCAAAACUAAGACACAACUCUUAUUUCAAUCCUGCAGCACGUUCAAUUCUCGAAAAUACUCAUUUCGAUUCGCGGCCAUUGUCGUUUCAUAAGCAGCUCCCUGGUUACAGUCCAACACCAUUAGUAGAGCUAGUCUCUGUAGCAGAAAAAUUGGGCGUGCGAAAAGUGCUGUUGAAAAAUGAGUCCAGUCGUUUUGGUCUUCCGGCAUUCAAGUUCCUCGGAGCAUCAUGGGGAGCCUACAGAGCUAUCGCACAACUCGUCAAUUACACUGAUAACAACUCAGAUACCUCGUAUGACAGCUUGAAGCGCGCCAUCAGUUCCUUUGGAUCUCCCAUCACCUUGUUCGCAGCUACAGAAGGAAAUCACGGUAGAGCAGUAGGCCAUGUAGCGACUUUGUUAGGCGUGAAAUCCCAUAUCUUUGUACCACAAGAUAUGUAUGAAUCGACCAAGAACCUUAUCAUGGCCGAAGGCACCACUCUAACUAACGUUGUGGGAGACUAUGAUUUGGCCGUGCAAAUGGCCUACGAUAAAGCCAGAGUUACACCAGGUGGUCUCUAUAUCCAAGAUACUGCAUUUGACGGUUAUGAAGAGAUCCCUCAGUGGAUAGUGGAUGGAUACCAUACCAUGCUACAAGAGAUUGAUGAGCAAAUUGACUCUGUGAUAAGCAACAAAUGUCCUGACGUUGUCAUAACUCCAGUUGGAGUGGGGUCGCUCGCUCAAGCUGUUGUCUCUCAUUACAAACGAUCUAGAAAUCACAAUUCAACAACGAUCAUUACAGUUGAACCAGAUACAGCUUCCUGCUUGAAGGGCAGUUUGGAAAAGAGAGCAUUCACGACCAUUGGUACAAGUCAUACUAUUAUGUCUGGCUUACAUUGCGCCACCUUAUCUACCAUUGCUUGGCCUUUACUUUCAUGUGGUGUGGAUAUUGCGACAUCUGUUUCAGACAUGGAGUGUCACCAAGCCAUUCAAGAGCUCGAUCACUUGGGAGUAGGCGCUGGCCCUUGCGGUGCUGCUACUCUUGCCACCCUUCUAUCCAUUCAUGCCCACCAGCCUGCAAUCUUCCACCCAGAUGCAGUCAUCGUUUUGCUUUGCACGGAAGGAAGUAGAGCAUACACACCUCCUCCCGACAUAUCUAUCGAUGACCCUGUAGCGUUAACGCAGGCUCUUGUACGCAUUGAUUCUUCCAACCCGGACCUGUCGUCACAGGGUGGUGGAGGCGAGACUAAGAUUGCAGAUUAUAUUUCCGCUUGGCUGGCCCAUCGUCGAUUCGAGAUAAAUGUACUUGAAAAGCACCAUGGACGUCCUUCUGUGAUUGGUGUUGCACGUGGCUCUGGUAAAGGAGGCAAAUCGCUCAUGUUCAAUGGUCAUAUUGACACAGUCACCCUUGCUGGCUACAAUGGUGAUCCGCUUAGUGGUGAAAUACGCAACAAUUCUGUCUAUGGUCGAGGUGCAUUCGACAUGAAGGCUGGUGUAGCUGCAUCGAUGAUCGCAGCUGUCUCUGCGAAGGAACAUGGUAUUGGCGGAGACAUAAUAGUAGCAGCCGUAGCAGAUGAAGAGAAUGCAAGCAUCGGCACUCAAGAGGUUCUGGAAGCUGGUUGGCGAGCUGACGCUGCUAUUGUAAGUGAACCAUCUUACCUACAAAUCACAAUGGCACACAAGGGCUUUGUUUGGUUUUAUAUCGAUGUCAUAGGUAAAGCUGCCCACGGAUCAAGACCAGAAUUGGGCAUUGACGCUAUUGCAAAGGCAGGGCACUUCUUGGUGGCUUUGGAAAAAUAUGGUCAGGAUUUAUUGCAGUCCAAAGAGCCAUACAUUUGUCAUCCCGUUCUUGGCACAGGCACAGUGCAUGCGUCGCUCAUACAAGGUGGUGAGGAACCUUCUUCUUAUCCUGCGAAAUGUACCAUUACUAUUGAGCGUCGCACGGUUCCUGGUGAAACUGCAUCGAUUGUUGAGACCCAGCUGAGGAAUAUUCUUGAUGCUUUGGCCAAUACUGUCGCUGAGUUCCAGUAUAGUCUAAGGCAAGGACUAUCACGUGCUCCGUUGGAAGUCGAUCCGAAUGACUCCAUUGCCAUCUGUCUUUUGAAGCAUACCCAAGACGUGCUUGGUCAUAGUCCGGUCAUCCGUGCAGAGCCUUUUUGGACUGACGCUGCUUUGCUUGCUGACCAUGGAAUUCCUUCUAUCUUAUUCGGCGUCGAUGGCGAUGGUGCUCACGCGGCAGUGGAGUGGGCCACAAUAUCAUCUAUUUACCAAGUGACUGAUGUGCUGACUCGCGUUGCUUUAGAGUUUUGUGCCGAGCAUCCAGUUUGACUGAUAUUGCUAUCCUCUCACACAUUUUGUUGUUCAGGCUGGACGGAGCGAAUUUUGUGAAAUUUAUGCUUAGAGUCGGAUCUGCCUAUAUUUACAAUGAUAGUAUCACUCAAUAAAGAAAAUGUUGGUACCUUUGUUUGUGUCCUAGGACAUUUCAAUUCUCAAACCGCA